GUUCCUGCUGCUGCGGGAGGGAGCAGUAGGGGGUGGUUGGAGCGUUGGAUGGCUUUGGGGGGAGAAGGGGAGGUGGUCGUCGAGGUAAGUCUAUCAUCCGGAAACUUGACCUACCCACACCGACCCGCCGCGUUCCCUACACACCUCCCCGCCAUUUCUCGUCUGCCCAAAUCAGGCCUCCUCGUCGCGUUCACCUCUCUUCCCAAUUCCACUCUACCGACUUCUGCGUUCACUGCAGCCGCAGCCGCGGGCAUUAGCAGCGGCUGGCUCUUCCCCGGAUCGGGAUCCGGAUCGGUCAAGGUGGUACUUGUCGAAAGGGGCGGAUGUGACUUUGCGACUAAAGUCCAGGCGGCGCAAGAGAGGGGCGCGGGGGCUGUUAUUGUGGGCGAUAGGGCGGACGAGGGGGAGAGUGUGGAGGAAGGGAAGAAGAGGACGGGGGGUUUGAUUACUAUGUUUUCACCAGAAGACACGGACAAUAUACAUAUCCCGUCGGUGUUCGUCUCAAGGGCGGCGUACCUCCAGCUCCUGGAUGUAUUGGAUUCGGCGAGCGGUGAUCAAGAAGGGGUCUGGAUCGAUAUUGGCGAUGGCGCGGACGAGAAUGCUACAUUGGGCGGAAUGCUCUCAUUUGCUUUGCUCAUGCCGAGCUUGUUCUUGCUCGCUACGAUCGCAGUGCAUCGCGUUCGAGUGGCCAGGCAAAAGGAGCAAGACCGUGCUCCCGCCCAAGUCGUACUCUCCCUCCCAGAAAGGGUCUGGCAGCCGGAUAUUGUCUGGGAAAAAGAAGACGAUACGCCGCUCGUCUCCCCCUCCCGCCCCGAUCCUCCAUCUCGCACACCUUCCCGAAAAGCCUCAACCGAAACAUCUAUCACAUCCUCGUCCUCGCCCGCCCGCCCGUCUGCCUCCCGCACGCCAUCGUCAUCGUCUUCGGGCCUCGCACCCCCGCCCAUCUCUUCUCGGGACAUCAUCACGCCUCCAGCUGUAGAAAUCGCCGAUCCAUUCAAUAUCACACCUACCGCCACUCCCACUGCGUCUGGAUCCGGCUCUGGCUCGACAUCGAGUCGGCCGCCGGCGAAACGGACCAAAAGCAAUUCGACGAUCACCGCCGCGGUCAGUAAGAAACGGCGAUACUUUAGUAAGGACGAGUGUGCGAUCUGUAUGGAUGAGUUCCAUGCGGGUGAUAUAGUCCGGAUACUGCCGUGUGGGCAUGUGUUCCAUAAAGAGGAGUGCGAUGAGUGGUUGAUGAAGUGGAGGAAGCUGUGUCCAACAUGUCGAGCAGACGUGACUCUCCCGCCAGGCGCAACACCCCCCGCAGCCAGCCGAGGAGCCAGGCUGACCCUUGUGGACGGACUC